CGCACAUCGUGUCCGCUCUCAACCAAGACGCGCUGACAUGAGCGGCAGAGACUCAGUCAUCGAUAUUUCCUCCUCGCCUGAGCCGCCAGCAUGGAGACCACCGGCAAGUCAAAACCUCUCAGGGAAGUCUUUCCACUUCGGAGGAAUAUGGGCGACCAUGUCUACGGACCAUGCAAGAGAGCUCUGUCGUGCCAACGGCGGGAGUAUCGUAGCACCCUCCUCAAAGCCUACCUACGUCGUCGUCGGGGCCCGCAGCCCGCCUAGUACCUUCGAGAGCGCAAAGAAAAUGGGCAAGCAAGUGCUAACGGAACUCCAAUAUAUCGCACUGGUGCUAGGCGAGAGUGUAUCCUCUAGUCAAUCCCCAGCGCAAGCGGGUCAGAAACGCCCUGCAGAGGCAGAGGCAGGUCCGUCCAAGCCUAGCAAAGCACGCAAGUCCGAUCCCGGGCCUGGCCUCCCGCCCGCACCCGACUUCCCUCGUAUCGGCAAUUUCCUGUAUGACGGAGAGAUUCGUCUGGAAAAGAAGAUGUUGAUGGCGUAUGAUUGUGGAGGGCCCGUUUUCAAGGCAAUGCGCGGAAAGAACCCGGUGGAUUUGCUCCAAAAAUUCGAGGAUUGGUUGCCGGAUGAUCUGCAAUACCACCACAAAAUCAUGUCCUUCCCGGGCUAAUAGCCUACAUCUCUACAGAAGUAUCCGUCAAUCUUACUCAAUAUUAAACUUGCUGUCCGUGUACAUAUUACAGGCGGGCAGCUAUCAACUAGGGCGGCGACGAAUUGUAUAGUCCAUAUGCUUCAUGUGAAUGAAUAUGCGCAAGAGACAUGUGCUGCAAAUACACGGUUGCAAG